GUAUAAUUCUCCCGCUUUCGUUGACAGUGUGGCCAAAUUAUAUAUCUUUCCAUGACACAUCGCCAUCAUGGCCGAAGCAAUCGCAGGACUCGCAGUAGCGACGAGUAUCAUCACAGUCAUUGACACUACCUGCAAGGUAGUAGCGAUAGGAUGGAGAUGCUACCGUGAGAUAAAAACCGCGCCUAAAGAGCUGGUAGACGUCAUGUCGGAACUCAUGUCUUUGCAAGGAAUUCUUAACACGCUUCAUAGUCAUCUCAGUACCUCCCAUGAUCACAACUUGAAGGGUUUCCUAGCAUUAGAGGUGCUAAAUCAACCUGGCGGGGUCCUAACAGCAUGCGAAAUUGUGCUACAAGAUGUGCUUCGGGUCAUCGAAGGACUCCAAAAAAAGAAAAUUAGUAGUGUAAUCGCCGCUGCCACAGGUGGCCAGAAGUUAUUGGAAACAAAAAGUCGGAUCGAGCGCCUAAAGAGUUUACUGAUGCUUGCGCUAUCCUCUGAUCAUAUCACAUUAUCCCAUGCCAUCGAAGAGCAUCUCCACCUUGCUUUCGGUGAAUUAAAACACGGACAAGGAAAAAUUCAUUGUGAGCUUCUGAACAUCGACAAUCACAUCACGAAGCUCUCGCGUGUCUCGGAUGAAAUUGCUAGUUCUCAGAAGGAGAAACAUAAGUCUGAUCAAUACUAUGAAAUACGACGUUGGCUCUCAACAGUUGAUUUUGAGGCAAAUCACUCCAACGCAUGCAAGCUCCAGCAGCCUGGAACAGGUCUCUGGCUCAUUAAAGGGAAGGAUUUCUCGGAAUGGGCGAGGAAAGAUCACUCGACCUUCUGGUUGCAUGCAAUUCCUGGAGCAGGGAAGACCAUCCUAUGCUCUACGGUGAUACAGGAGCUCCAGUCUAGAUCACAACCCGUUGCGAACAGCCCUGAGGAACCAGAAAUAUCCACCAUAGUAUACUUCUAUUUUGAUUUCCGGGACUCCAAACAACAACACACUGAAGGAAUGCUAUGUUCACUUCUUGGCCAACUCGCCAAUAAACUCUCAGGGGUCCCUGAAGAGAUUUGCGCCCUUUGGAAAAUAUACAAAGACAAAACAUCACGUCCAUCACCAGAGGAACUUCUUGCGAUAUUAAUUCUUGUCAUUCAAAAAUACUUCGAUAAAGUCUAUGUAGCUUUAGAUGCGUUGGACGAGUGCUCAGAACGCCAAGUAUUACUACCCAUCCUUCACCAAUUGAUGGACAGCAAAUGCGCGUCAAUAUUCUUAACGAGCCGUAGCGAACAUGACAUCCAGAAGUCGCUCUCUGAGGUGUCUAUCUACUCUGCCGCAAUAGAGAGUACAGAUGUUGCUCUCGAUGUCGAGCUCUUUGUGAACAGACAAAUCAAAGCUAUAGAAUCACUCCGAGAUCUCAAUGUUGAUUUACAGAAUGAGAUUGUCCAGGAGCUAGUUGGCGGUGCCAAAGGAAUGCAAGUUUAG